AUGGAAAAGCUGGUUCUUGCGCUAUUACACGCCUCCCGAAGGCUGCGCCGAUACUUCACCGGGCAUGUGAUAACCGUAUUGACAAACUUCCACAUCGGAACCAUACUACAGAAGCCUGAGACGUCAGGCAGAUUGGCGAAGUGGGCCAUUGAGCUGGGAGGCCACAACAUCUUGUAUAGGCCACGCCCAGCAAUCAAAGGUCAGGUCCUAGCCGACUUCAUCACAGAAGUGCCGGCUGGUAAAAUCAAAGAAUGCGAGAUGAUAGAGACUCCCAAAGAAGAUACAGAGGAAACUUGGAUGCUUUACACUGACGGGGCAUCAAAUGAAGAUGGCGCGGGAGCAGGUUUACGUCUAGUGAGCCCAGAAAAGCACGAGUUCACUUACGCCAUUAAGCUCGACUUCAAAAACACCAACAAUGAAGCUGAGUACGAGGCUUUUCUGGCAGGCUUACGCCUCGCCAUCAAGAUGGGAGCAAAGAACUUGCGCGCGCAUGUUGACUCACUCCUGAUAGCAAGUCAAGUAAACGGCAUAUACGACGCAAAAGGAGAAGUCAUGGCCUUGUAUCUGGAACAAGCGAAGGAAUUGCUACAGCAAUUCAAAUCCCACAAAGUUAUACACAUUAAUCGCUCAGAAAACAAGCCUGCCGAUGCUUUGAGCAAGCUUGCCUCGACUUCCUUUCAACAUCUCGCCAAGGAUGUAAGGAUAGAGGUACUCAAGAACCCAUCGGUAUUACUGCACCAAGUUAACGUAAUCGAAGCAGGGCAGCCAUCGUGGAUGACACCCAUCAUCCAAUACUUGCAAGAAGGGGUGCUUCCUGAAAACAAAGCAGAAGCAAGAAAGAUCCAAAACAAAGCCCUACAGUACGAAAUGAACAACGGUAUCUUGUACCGAAAAUCCUUCCUGGGACCACUACUGCGCUGUGUGGAUCCCCAGGACGCGAAUUAUCUGAUAAGGGAAAUCCACGAAGGGAUUUGCGGCAUCCACUCCGGACCAAGGAUGGUUGUCGCGAAGAUCAUGAGCGCCGGUUACUACUGGCCUGGUAUGCAUGUUGACGCAAUGAAGGAGAUCCGCAAGUGUGACUCUUGCCAGAGGCACUCUCCAAAAACGCUGCGUCCAAAAAACGAUCUUAUCCCCCGCGAAAACACUCCAGCAUUUCAAGGUGGUUCAAACCACCUCCAAGGUCCUCCGCAAACAGAACGCGAGACCGGGUGGCCACCUUAUACUUAG